UGCUCCGCCCUAUGAAAACGUCAUUGGACACACGUGACUACUCAUAGGCGUGGCUUUACGGUCUCGAGUUAGAUUCAGGCUGGCCUUCGUCGAGCCUCAGUCGACGUCUGUACCAUUGAUUUAUAGAGUACGGAGAGAGUAAAAGUUUUAAAAGUUUGUGUCCUGCUAAAGUGCGACAUAAUUUCUCUGCAGCUGUUUGCAGGUCGGCAAGUGUGACGCUUUAAAAUUCACAUUUUAGUCCUUUUCCUUUGUGAGGGUCGACAUGGGUAAGAAGCAGGGAAGCAAAACAAAGAAGGACGUUCAGGAGGUGGAGGAGUUUGUGGUGGAGAAGGUGAUUGACCAGCGACUGGUCAAUGGGAAAGUUGAGUUUUUCCUCAAGUGGAAAGGCUUCACAGAUGCUGACAACACUUGGGAGCCCGAAGAUAAUUUGGACUGCCCUGAACUGAUUUCUGCAUUCCUGGAGUCUCAGAAAGGAGUGGUGGAGAAUCCAGAAGCCGUAAAAAGAAAGUCCUCAACUGAUGAACCAGAAACUGAUGAGAGCAAGGCAAAGAGAAAGAAGGAAAUGUCUGACAAGCCAAGAGGGUUUGCAAGAAACCUUGAGCCAGAGAGGAUCAUUGGGGCAACUGAUAGCAGUGGAGAGCUCAUGUUCCUCAUGAAGUGGAAGGACUCUGAUGAGGCGGACCUGGUACCUGCAAAAGAGGCCAACACCCGUUGCCCACAGAUAGUCAUUGCCUUUUAUGAGGAAAGACUAACUUGGCAUUCCUGUCCUGAGGAUGAGCAGCAAUAGCACCCCACAUCUCGCUGAAUUGUGCUUUAGUGUCUUUCACCUGUACAGUGUUAGUGGAAGUGUUCAUAGCCUGAUGGUGGAGGAUUUUUUUUUUUUUUUUAAUGUAUUGAGGUUUGGCUGGAAGCUAUGUGCAUGGCACUAGUGAACCAAUGAAAGUAUGUACAAAUGAGGUGAGUAUGCUUUUAAAAGUUACUGUGUAGGGCGCUUUGCCUUAAUUUGAACUAGGUAUCACAGCAGUGCUGUUCAUUAAUGCACUGGCUUGUGUUUUUCUUUCACUCUUGUCAUUCAGAGAAAUCCAAAACUUGCAUUCUGUUCAUGUUCAUAGUUUCUUGUAGUGGAUUAUGCUGUCAUUACCGUAGUAUUUUUUUCCUUUAUUUCUUAUUGUUUACCUGAAUAUUGGAAUAGUCUGUUUAAAUGUCUGUGUAAAUAUUUCUUGUUUUUUAGUUCAAUAAAGGUUUAUAUGCCUGCUUUUAA